CACCCCCCGCGACGCGAAAAAUCAAAAGCUCCGCCGAGACGUCCAGUCGCGCCCGGACGGCUGACGAGUCGAGUCGGCUCGCCACGUCGGACGUCUUGCAGACACGUCGGAAAUCUCGCGGCCACGUCGGAAACCUUGGAAAUACGUUGGAAACCUCGGAGAUACGUCAGGAACCUCGGAGAUACGUCGGAAAUCUCUGGGACGCGUCGGAAACCUCGGAACGCCGGGACGCCGAGCUUUCGCGCGCUUUCUGGCCUCGUGGGCAAAUUCGGAGGACAUUUUGGAGGCCCAUUGACGGCAAGGAGAAAUUUCUCAAAAUUUACGUCCGUUAAGCUUGACUGUGCCGAGAGCUUGUGCGCGAGUUUCGGGAUGGGGAAUUUUUGAGGGGGCUUUUUAAAGGCAGGUGGCUUAGAGGUUGAAGGGAGUUGUUUUGGGUGAAUGUUCGCCGAGUAUCGACGGGGUAGUUGUACGUUGGCCGCACUCUUGAUUCAUGAGAAGCUCGAUCGUGGCCCGGGCCGAAAGCUGGACUUAUGGCAACCUCAACAGUUCCGAGGUUCGGUCAGAAUUGUUCCGAGACGAGAAGUUCGCCCGAGAUUUCGACCUCUUCCGGGACCUAUCCACCUAGUAGCUUCCCGGACAAGUUCCAGGACUUUUUCUCUGCCCUCACCGAAGAUGCCGACGACCAGCCGAGCAUGCUCGAAGACAAGCUCAUCCCCAGGAAGCAGGAAUCCUCCAGCACCGACGCCAGGAACAAAAGAUGGAGCAAGAGAGCCUUCCACAGGCGCAGCAGCGAAGUCGAGGUGCGACUUCAGCAGACCUCUUUCUCAGGACCACAGGGACAUCCUUCCGAAGGACCAAAGUCUCCAACGCCUUCUAGACGUCGCAGCUCCAGCAUAGCCGUGGCCAGGCCGACUCCGGAUUUGCACAGAUUUCUGCAAGCCGAGACCGGCCCUUGGGGGCAUUUGUCGCCAUCCCCGAGAAGUCCGACCAGGAGUUCGGCCAUAAGUCCUGGAGGAGUCUCCUCGACGUCCCAUCUGAGUCCUGGAACGAGUCCUGGAGGACCCAGUCCUACGAGUCCUGCUGGACCAGCUUCCCGAAAUUCUGCGAGACAAUAUCGCAAUCGGACGAGCAGCAUGCCGGCAGUUCCGAGACAUAAGCCGAUGCUGGCGGAAACGAAACGCGGCAGCGGUUCCGGCAAUGAAGCUGGAGGAGAAGAUGGCGUCGAAUAUUACAGGCUAAGAUCCUUUUCGAUAACUGCCAACGGGGUGUUCAACCUUGGCGACUUGUUGAAAAGUCGACGAAGCAGGAGUAUCAACAGCGUCACUUCUUCUGGCACCAGUUGCAGCAGCACCAGAGAUGCCAGGCUUUUGAGCCUGGCGUUGCAGCUCUCGGGGACGGAAGGCGAAGAGGAGGCCAGCACCGGCCAAGUGGCCACUUACAAGGUGGGCAUGCUCGGUGCAUCGGGGGUCGGCAAAACCGCCCUCACCGCGCAAUUCACCACCAGCGAGUACAUUUGCGCCUACGACGCCUCCCUCGAUGAAGAGUACGGCCAGAAGACGGUAUCGGUGAUGAUCGAUGGACAAGAAACGGAGUUGGAAAUAAUUGAUCAUCCGGCCUCAGAAAUGUCUGUUGAGACUUUCUGUUCUACGUACAACCCGGACGUGUACGUGGUGGUCUACUCCGUGGUGGAUCACAGAAGUCUAAAAGUGGCCGAGGAGAUCCUUCUCUACCUCUGGAAUAGCGACUACAUGGCUACCCAUGGUGUCAUCCUCGUCGGAAAUAAAAUCGACCUCGAAAGAAAGCGCGAGGUGACGUCUUCGGCGGGUCGGCAAGUGGCGAACAACUGCGGCUGCAAAUUCAUCGAAACCUCCUCGGGAUUGGCUCUUCGCGUUGACGAAUUGCUAGUAGGUAUAUCGACACAAAUCAAAUUGAACCCUCAGCGUGAUCGAGAUCAGACGACCAGACGACGACGGAGCAAGCAUCACCGGAGGAUCCUGAAACAUCUUCUGGGGAUCAAAAGGAAGACCAAGAGCUGUGAGAAUCUCUUCAUUUUGUAAGCCCGCGAGCCUAGUGCUUCGCGAGUCGAUUAUGUCGAGAAAUCGCGGAUAUAUAGAUCACGUAGAAUCGACCUAUCGACGAAAGUCGGGAUGUGAAGAUUCCAGUUCCCUUAACAAGUGGCGAUUCGGCAAGAGAAAAUGAUUAAAAGAUAUAUAUAGGAAUCAGGGGUAGUAUCCGGAAUUUCACGUCGCCUUAAAGCUAGAUCAGUGUAGCGAAAAAGAGAUGCAAAAACGUUAUUUCAACAAUUAGGACUUCAUCUCAAGGAAGACUUUUGUAUGAUAAUAAUUUUGCUACUCCUAAUAGACGAUUGAAGUUGCGCUUGAUUUACAGGUUCGUCGAUCUGUGCCAAUGAUAAAUUCGGAAUUAAGGGUCAAUUUUAAUUUUAAGUCGAAAUCGCGUGACUGGUCGAUCGGAGUGGGUGAGUUACUUUUAUCCGAGAGCGAAGUUGAUGUUCGUAAUUCCUAAGCAUUUGAAAUUUAGAUUUAAUUUAGCCCCUUCUUGCUUAACGAUAUACGAUCGAGGAUACAUGCAAGUGACGGACUCGAUGAAAUUUCCUUGAAAUAUGAUCGAACAUUUAAAGCAGUCCUCUGAUUCUUCCUCCUUAUGUCAAGAGAACAUCCCCUUAAGAGGACUUAUUUAAAAAUGGAAAACAAUUCUUUAGCAAAGAGGGGUUGGAAUCGAAGCUGCCUUAUUCUUAUCGACAUCGCAUGUGGGAGUAUUCAGUAAAUUAUGCACCGAUUUAUAUAUAUAUCCCCUCAUUAAAGUUUCUUAGCUCCAUGCAAUGCUAGGAAUUGGUAUAUUCUCCAAUCAUUCCGUUAGUCGCAUUAUAAAAAGUGAUGAAACGUAUCAUGCGGAAGGCUAUACUUAACGCGUAAGGUGUAACUUAUAGUUAUAAAGUUUCCCAGUUGCUUGAGUUCUUUGACAUGAAUCAAGUAUGUAGAAGUCAACGAAAAUAGCGCGAUGCGCUCGCUUUACCGAAUUCCCUCGAGACGUUUAAUUUUUCUCUCUAACGAGAUGUCCCCUCUUCACGAUUUGUCCCUCUGGUGCGCUCGAAGAAACUCGGGGAAAUAGUUAUAAGUGGUUAUCAUUAAAACUAUACGAUAAUAACCUUUUUCAUCUAUAAAUAAAUCAUUUCCGUUGUAACUUAUCUGUGCGUAUAGGGAUAUCAAGCGAUGUAUCGUGUCACGAUCUGUCCGAAAACCGUACUUGCCCGAUAUCAACAUAUCCGAUCUGAUAAGAAAGUACAAAUUCCGGGGGAAAGGAUCCCAAUGCAUAAUUCGACGACUCGAACUUGAUUUAUUCAGAGCAUAUUUUUGAAGGAAACCCGCGACAUCGCGUCGCACAACACUCGAAGGCUUCUAGUCGGAUGGAUACGUGCCAGAAUACGAAAUGGCCGGAUAACUUUGAUAUUCACCUCGGAUUACGUCCAGAAUUUCGUAAGCGCCCGAUACAUAUCAAACAUUUUCAGACUGCUCGAGAACCAGAAUCCGGCCGAGCGAUUCCAGCAUCCAGUUUCCUAAAAGUGCGCGCAAGAGCGCUCUUGCGUUCUCCAAGCGUUCUCGAAAUUAACUUUCCGAUGCACGGACACUUGCCAAACCCAAAUCCGUAACAAUAAAAAUUUGCGUUAACGACAAAUUGUUCAGGUAAACGAAGCGGGCGUUCAAUGAGAAAUCGAUUGUCAAUUAAAUGACCAAUAACGUAAAUGGAUCGCAAGGGCAUGGAGGAGUGAAAGGGCAAUUGGCCGGAGAAUCCGUCAUAAAGGCGGAGGAAAAUGCCGCGAGGAAGCUCGCCGGAGGGAAACGGCAAAUCGUGCGAGGGCUGUAGUCCUUGAAUAAUAACGAAAGGGAGAAAACGUCUCGCCGUGAAUAAAAUUUCAGGAACAUAUACCCGAGGGACCCAGACGCGAAAUAAUCGCGGAACGCGAGAUGAAUCAAAUCCGAUGUGUAUAUGUUGCGCAGCGAUCUGUCCGCCGAUCGUCGUUGUACGUUUUUUAUGAAAAUACCAAGAAUAAAGGAGAAAUUACUCGA